AUGAGUGCUCCUGCCAAGCUUGCCAUAUCCCUCAUCGUUAUCUUCGCAACAUGCCUUUUAGCUCUUAUUGUACAGAUGGUUUAUGUCCGUUGGAGAAAACGAAGGUUCUGUCAACGCAGAGUCGUCAGAGGAGGCACUUGCUCCGUUGAUUCUGAGUUUUUGGAUUCAUCUUUUUUCGCUGCUCCCUCGAAGGAACUUCUCUAUUUCUUCUGCUGGAAAAACCGACCUGCCCGUGUGGAACCCUCCUCUGGGGUCGUGUCUCCGAUGCCAACGGAGGCUGCGACGGCAGCUGAUUCGGAGGCAGCCGCGGUGGAGGAUGAUGACGAGUGGGCGAAGUGGCAGGCGUUGUACGGACAGUCUAGGAUUUUGUAUACGAUAAAAGAAGAGGAAAGAGAAGGAGCUGACAGCGUCGAGAAUCCUGCUGAUCAGAGAAGGGUUUGUUUGAGGGACUGUUUCUCGGGUAGGGUGGUCAACAUGGCUGAUGACGUGGAGAAAGAGACGCCGUGUGCAUCGCCUCCUUACUUUACUCCUUCGCCUUCUCCUGCUUAUGAUGUUGGGAUUUUGAUACAGUCACCGGAAAAUGAUGAUGUGAACUCGCCGGAGAGCGAUGUAUUGGCAGAUAGGAAAGUGGGGUUUGUGAGUUUAAGAAUUGAAGGGUAG